AGAGAGAGAGAGGACUGAGUGAACGAGUGAGAGAGAGAGAGUGUUCUGUAUAAUUGCACGCCUCCAUUCGCAUGCAGCUCGUCUGUAGUUUCAUGUUGAGUCGUGCUUGUGUCUUCCACUGAAGUUUUCAUGCCACAACAGAAGCUGCACUGACACACAAAACUAGAAACGGACUGAAGUGAUGGACCCAAACGAAGCACGCUCAACAAUCAGCCUUUACAAAACAACUCUUGUUCAGUUUUGUGACACCCAUGUUUUCUGGUACGAUGAGCUGAACUCAACAGCGUCUCAUCACUGAGGAAGACUACGAGGAAGCAGUUUGCUGGUGAACUAUGGAGGGUGGUGCUGUGACCUGCGCAGGGAUAAUCAACGUGUCCAUGUCCGGUCUCAUGAGCACCUACCAGGGCUAUCACUGCAAUGAAAUCCUUCAGCUGCACUAUAACUACACUGGCAAAAUGGAUCGGGACCGGUACAAAGAAGGACUGAAACCAGAAUCCAUCGUCUUCCUCUUCAUCUGCUUCUUCAUUGUCGUGGAGAACUUGAUCGUCCUCAUGGCCAUCUGGAAGAACAAGAAGUUCCAAAUGCCCAUGUACUACCUGCUGGGCAACCUGACGCUGUCGGACCUGCUGGCCGGAUUCACCUACAUGCUGAACAUCAUGCUGUCGGGUCCGAACACGCUGAAGCUGACGCCGCUGCUGUGGUUCCUGAGGGAGGGUGGAGUCUUCAUCACGCUCUCGGCGUCCGUCGUCAGUCUGCUGGCCAUCGCCAUCGAGCGCUACUUCACCAUGCUCAACACCAAGCCCUACCACCGCGCCAAACGCAACCGCAUGUUCACGCUGAUCGCCGCCAGCUGGGCUCUGUCACUGUUGCUAGGCGCUCUGCCCAUUAUGGGCUGGAACUGUCUGCAUCAUCUGAAGUGGUGCUCCACCGUCCUGCCGCUCUACGCCAAGAGCUACAUCUUCUUCUGCGUGUUUGUGUUCCUGGCCGUCCUGCUGGCUAUCGUCCUUCUGUACGGACGCAUCUUUCACUUCGUCAAGUCCAACACGCAGAACCCGAGCUGCGUUCAGCGCAAACCCUACGGCCAUCGCUCGCGGAAGUACAUGGCGCUGCUGAAGACCGUCACCAUCGUGGUGGGAGUGUUCAUCCUGUGCUGGAUGCCGCUGUUCGUGCUCCUGCUGAUGGACUUCGUGUGUCCCGUGAAGACGUGUCCUGUUCUCUUCAAGGCUGAUUACUUCCUGGGCAUGGCCAUGUUUAAUUCCCUCAUUAACCCCAUCAUUUACACGCUGACGAGCAGAGACAUGCGGCGGGCUAUUCUGAAGCUGCUCUGCCGCCGCUGCCUGGUGACCAAAGACGGCCGCGUGAGGAACAUCGGCAUCCGGAUCAGCUUCACGAAGACAGACGCGAACCGCCAGGGACUGGAGACGACCAUCUCAUCAGGCAAUGCCACCACCUUACCUGUCAAAUCCAUCUACCCCAAACUCAAGCUGUCCGUCAUCGCAUAAACGCUCAUCUUGAGGACACGGAAAGCCCGAGCACAUUUCAGGCUCUGGACUGAACCUAAUUAAAGGCUCGUCCCAGUCACAAACCCUCACGCAGCCUGAAAGAGAAACUGUCUCACACACGACAGUCGUUUUGCUAUAUGGACCUGAAAUCGAGCUGUCGUGAGCAGAAAGAGGUCUUUGUGUAGGUGUUUUUCAGCAUUUCAACAUUCGGUCCUUUACAUGAGUCAGUCAUAGUUACAUUUGCACAAAUACUCAGAACGACAAAGACUCAGAUAUCAGUUCAUCAGCCAGUAUCAGAAUCAGAUCUGAAUGCAUGCAAAGACUUCAAACAAAUAUGCAGUUUGCUGCACUGAACUGCAGAGUGGCCUUAUAUAUGACAAUAUACUGUAUAUCAAUAAUUUCUGAUACUGCAAAAUACACAAACCCUUCACAGAUAAAAGCAAUAUGAGGAACAUCACUGUAAAUAUUACACUCUCAUUCUCUUAUUGAACAUUAAACCAUGAGCAUCUCUUCACACAAAA